UAUUCUUCCUCACCUGCAAAAUGAAUUUACGCUUUGGUUUUUCUUUCGCUGGAAUCGGAUACCGAAUAAAGCAGUAGAGAGCAUAGUACGAUAAUCAAGGAUAGAAGGUAGCGACGUUAUGGUGGGCGUCUGCCACAGAUUUCGUACCAAAGCCAGAGCCUUGUUUUCAGCGAAGAUCUCACCGCCAUGUUCAAGCCCUCUCAUUCUCCCUCCCGUCCGGAUACCCACCCAAACCGCCCACCGUCUCCUCUCCAGCGGCGUCCACCCAGGUACGAGAAGUGCUGAAAUUAUGAGCGGAAAGCCGAUUGCAAAGGACAUAAAAUCAAAGGUAGCUUCUGAAAUAAGUAGAAUGAAAGCUGCCAUUGGAAGCGUUCCUAGGUUGGCUGUGGUUUUGGCGGGCAACAGAGAGGACUCCCAAGCUUUUGUCAAUAUAAAGUUAAAGGCUUGUAAUGAAGUUGGGAUUGAAACUUCCAUUGUGCAGUUGCCCCAAGAUUGUUCUCAAAAUCGGCUUAUUGAUGUAGUUUCGGGUUUUAACAAGAACCCGUCUAUGCACGGUAUAAUUGUUCAACUCCCUCUGCCACAGCAUUUGGACGAAGAAAGGGUUAUAAAUUUCGUUAGUCCGGAAAAAGAUGUGGAUGGCUUUCAUCCCCUUAAUAUGGGGAACCUUGCAUUGCGGGGAAAGGAGCCGUUAUUCAUUCCUUGUGCUCCUAAGGCUUGCAUAGAGUUGUUGCUCCGGUAUGGAGUUGAGAUCGUUGGGAAGAAUGCGGUGGUAAUUGGGAGAAGCAAGAUUGCGGGAUUAUCCACUUCAUUGCUAUUGCAGAGGCACCAUGCAACUGUUUGUACUGUCCAUUCAUUCACUAACAACCCAGAACAAAUUACUCGUCGAGCUGAUAUUGUUGUCUCAGAUGUUGGCAUUCCAAAUAUAGUCGGAUGCGAUUGGCUGAUGCCAGGGGCAGUUGUAGUCGAUAUGGGGACAAAUUCAGUAAAGGAUCCUAGUAGCAGGCGAGGUUUCCGUAUCACCGGAGAUGUGUGCUAUGAAGAGGCAGUUAAAGUGGUGUCGGCCAUUACACCCGUGCCAGGAGGGGUCGGACCUGUUGUAACCUCAAUGCUCCUCUCCAACAUCCUUGACUCCGCAAAGCGAGCUUUUGGAUUUACUUGAUCCUUUAACCUACAAAGAUCAUGUAAACUAUUUUGAUACUGAUUUGAUAGUUUUUUUUGCGAAAGAUCAUUUAUGAACUUUUUAGGACAUUCCUAAACCUUGAACAUCUCUCUGUAUCGUUCCAAUUUUAUCGGAUGUCCCCGGAAGGGACAACGUAAGACAAGUGAAAAGAAGCUCUGUCCUAGCAACCUAAA